GUAAAGAAAAAGCCAUUGUAGAUUGUGAAGAACUUGAACAAAUUACAUUAAAAACCAAAGAAACUUUACAGAAUUUAGAAAUUCUUACAAAUUCAGAAGCAGUCUAUGCAGUUUUGUUAGAUUGGGUCACAGUUUUGAAUAAAACUUUUCAAGAAUUCCAUCUGAUUAAAUACAAAGAUUUAGAAGGUGAAUCAGUGUUGGAGACUGGUACUAAAGAUACUGACUGUGAUACAGUUGUGACUAAAAAAAAUGGGGAACCAAACCAAAUUGAUCUCUCAGGUGAAGCAGCUGAUGCAAGACUGUUGAGAUCAGAGAGUGACUCAGGUGUUGUCAUAGAUACGGUAAAGAAUGAAUCAAAGGAUCCAAAUGAUGUUAGAAUUACGGACUCAGUAAUUAAAAUACUCAGUGAUAAGGAUUUCUGUUAUCUCACUGAUCCAUUGUGUCUUUCCAGUUAUCUCCUCCAGGAUGUUUCAGAAUUAACCCAAGCUUGUUUUGAUGUUGGUUGCCAUGGUGAAAUUUUGAAGUUUAUAGAAUUUAAAUUUCAUUGCCCAAAAAGUUUGGAGAACAAUCUUAGAGUACCUGAUACAGGACUAAUUGUUUCUGAUUUGAAUGGAAUAGAUAAUGUUGUGAAUGUGGAUAUGGCAAAUAAUGUGAAGCAUAAUAGCACUGAAGAUAAAGAGGUUGACAAUGAAACAGUAGAGGUAGUCAAGGAGGCAACUAUAGAAAGUGAAGAUAUUCAGUGUUGUGAAACUAACUUAAGUAAAACUGACCAUGGGGACAAAGCUUAUGUUGGUGAAAAAAGUAAUGAAUAUCUUACAGAUAAUUAUGCAGCACUUAAUGAACAAAAGAAAGUCAGUCUAACAGAAUGUGGUGAAAUGCAGGAUAAGGCAAUGUCAUUUUUUGUCCGAUGUUAUUUUCCGUACCUAAAUGUUGGCAGAAUAAGGGAGGAAACCGUGAAUGGAAAAUCUUGCUUUGAGUUAUGGAGUGCCUUAUUGACUUGUAUGGAAGGUAAGGCAAGAUAUGACGGUGAGAGGUAUGGUGUAGAUGAGAAAUCUAUUAUACGACAUCUGUUGAAGAAUGAGUCAGGAAUGGAUCAAGGUGCCAUGUUGCUCGGACACAUAUCAAAUUUGUUUCACAGCAAGCCAGAUUCUGUUGUGGAUAUUUGUGUGAGAUGUCACCCCAGUGUACAUCCCCUAGAUGUAAUGUACAUGUGUAGAUACCAUCAGGUUGCCAUGGAAACAGUAUUCAAACAAUAUAUGGUCCUGGUGACCCUGAAUGAAAACUCCUCUUUGAGGAAGCAAGUAUUGAUGGACAUUGGUAAUCAUAAAGACACAUGUGUUGUAUUAUUAGAAAUGUUGUUAUCUGAAGAUAAUGACACUUCUGCUGUGAUGGAUGAAAAUGGAUGUCCAAGGUGUAUGGGUCACAGGGUGAAAAGAAAGAAUGAAAUUCUUAUUGACCAGUUAAUCAACAAUAUACAAGCUGCCAGAGAUCAACAAAUUGUGCUGGAAAUCCUGAGAAAACAUGGAUAUUGGGUUGGCGUCUUGAAGCUACUGAAAAAGAUUGGUCGUGGAUCAGAUCAUUUAGAUCUGGUAUUACAGCUUGGAGAUAUUGACCUGUUGACAGGACACAAUGAACUUGGUUAUGUGCCACUCUCAGUACCUGACUGGCAGAGAGUACUUGCUACUUACCAGCAGAUAAAUCAAGCAGGGAACCAGACAUCACAGGAAGUAAGCUGUGAUUGUUCAAAACUGAUCACAUGGAACAAUCUGGCAAUUCUAUUGGUCAGAAAUGUAGGUCCAGAGGAGGCUAUUUCCCUGCUUGAAAAGCAAAACCUACUAGAGGGAGUUUUGUCAAAAGAGUUUUACCAAGUCUGUUUACUCUCUGGAAUGGUGCAAAAACAACAAAGGUCAGUGUUACAUUCCAUGUUGGAGAAGGUGGACAGCUAUUUAUGGUCAUAUAGACCUAUUGUUGUAACACCACAGGUGCAGUACCUGGCUGUUUCAGAGAAGAAAAUGCACUCUGGAGAAUCAACUGGUUCAAAUACAGACUUACUUCAUUCUAUGGCAAACAGUAUUAAAGAAAAAGAGGUGUCGGAAACAUCUGUGGAAGAUCCAGAAUGUCACUGGGGCAUUGAAAAUAAGAUUAAUUUGUUAUGUCCAUGUUGUUAUAUCUCCUUGAAAGAGACUGUCUCACAUGAGGAACCUGGGGUUCUCAUAUUUAAAUGUGGACAUGGAUUCCACAAGUUAUGUUUACCAAAGAAGGAAUGUAUGGUAUGUGAUGGUGUAACAAAAACAAAGACAGUUGAAAAAGCUUUCUAUAUUUAAGCUGGGACAAAAUAUAACGAGACACGCAAUUAUGUUGGUGACCAAGUAAUUGGACAGUCAUUCAUUUGAUUAGCAUUAGUAAUAAUAAUACCAUUAUUACAAAAGCAAUUCAUUGAUAAAUUUUCACAUUAUGUUAAGACCAAUAUAUAAAAAGGAGUGUUAAUUUUAAACAUCAUUUUGGCUUAUACACAUAUUUCUCUUACUUUAAGUAUUUACUUAGGAUAAAAAAACAAACAAUUGACAAUGAUCAACGUGACAAAACGGCAGUGUCUGUUCCUGAUUAGACAAGAAAUAUACAUUGAGCUUAUCUCCAAAUGCUUGUCUUGUAAUAAUGUUUCCCUGAUUUAAAUCAGAUUUAAGCAAAUUAUUUGUUAUUUUUAUUAUUAUGAUUGUUUAAAUAUUGUGGAAUAUUUUGUAAAGAUAAAUUUUACUGGCAUUUAAAGGUUAGUGGAUUUUACAAGCAGUUGUCCUGUUGUCAUUUUGACCUUGCUCCACUAGUUUAUAAUUAUAUAGCAGAAUAAAAAAGCCAAAAAUUUAAUAAGCUGGUAAAUGUAUUUCUUAGAGUAAUUAUGUGUAUAUUUAUUUGCUCAUUAGAUACUGGCAUUUCAGGGACUUGUUGCAGCAUAUACAUAACUUGAUUCUUGUAAGCAAGGGUGAUAACUGACCAAUUACCCACAGUCAAACUAAAUUCUAGACUUUAACAUAUACCUCUUGAAUAUGUGUAGUGGAUUUGCCUUGUUUUGACUUUAGAACAAUACAUUCAAAUUUAUAUGGAUACAAAAGAUUAUCGACAACAGUAUAAGGUCUAGUCACACUGGCCUGAUAUACAGGCUGGCCUGGCUCCAUACUGGUGACACAAGCUAAUCACUUAUAGGUUCAAGCACGGUAAGGUUUAUUAAAGCAGGGCAUGCUGAUUAUACAAAUGUUUCUUUCAUGGUAAAGUUUUGAUUUUCAAUGUACAUUCUAUCAACGUCUAGCCUUUGGUUAGGUUUUAGGUUGAUGGGUCAAAUGUCAGAUUCUCUGAGACUGAAAAAAAAUACAUGUAUUUUUCUUCCAUUUUUCUCAGUUUUGGCAAUAUUUUUCUUAGCUGUGUCAUUGUGGGGUCAGGGAUAUAUUAAGGUAUUCUGAUUCUCUUGUUUAUAACUGAUUUACAUGAAUAUUAUUGUAUAUAUGGUCCGUGUCUAUACAGACAAAUACUAACAUGGUGCUUCAUGAUAAAGCUUUUGUUGAUUUUCUUGUUGAUAUUUUUGGUCAAUUUUAUAAAUCUACAAAGCAGAUUUGUUUAUGACUGCAACUACUACUAGUAUUUUUCUUUUUAAAGAAUUCUUGUUUGAUUGCAUAUAAUUAUGAGAACUUAAUUUAUUGACCUUGAUAAAAUCAUUUUCUUAAAUUAAAAGUUACAUUGGAUUUGAAUUAGGCUGUGUUGAUUCAUGAACUAUAUCCAAAGUUUAUUGUUAUUGUUCAUUUUCUGUUACUACAUGUAUUUUAUAGUGUUUAUCCAAGUUGUUGUGUUUUUAUUGUUGAAUUGUUAAUUUAGUUUGUUGAAUGAUAAAACUUAUUCAAAAACUGUUAUAAUGGUGCUGGUAAUAAGUCAAUUUCUUCCAAUCUUGUAACUUUAUAUGAAUGAAAAGAAGUGGUUAUAUCUAGGAUAUCACAUAGGUUGUCAUAUAUUAUAAUGUUGCAUGUUUGUUACAUAAAUUCUCAUUGGAUAAUCCCGACUUUUACAUUGUAACAGGGCUACUGUAAUUUUUUCUGUAUUAUGAAUUUGUUAUAAAGUUUUUUUAUGAUCUGUAUAAAUGAUAGUUUGUUAUAUAACUUCACCUUGCAGCUAGGAUAAACAACUGACAAUAAAAAAUACAAGUCAUCAAUUACACUUUCUUUAUUUGAGAUCAAUUCAAUCACAUAUUAAAUAACCAAUAUUAAUUGAUAUUUUCUAAAUGAAAUUUCGCUCGUUUUGUCUUACAAAUAAAGGUCGCUGAGGAACUUAUCUUGAUGUUCCAUCUUUUUAAAGUAUUAUUUUCCUUUUUCAUUUCAUGUGUCAAGAACAAAGAACUAUAGUCUUUACUACAGUGUAUAAAAUUAUGUUUCAUGUAUAUCAAACUUGGCAUCAUGCAUUUAUAAAAAAUUAUAUGCAUAAUAAUAUUGUCAUUGUUUAAGUAGGUUUUCAGUUUGUCUACAGUGUGUUCAGUAAUAUACAGUCCUCUAGCAUACAUCCUGCUGUAAUCAGUUAUAUGUAGUUAACAUACAUAUUACAUGUAUAAACAGUUAUAUGUAGUUAAUAUACAUAUUACAUGUAUAAACAGAGAUGGAAUUUUAGUCAUACUAACAAGUCAUUAAAAAACAUUUUUUCCAUAUGAAAAUGUUUGAAAUCUUCCGGGAAGUAUUUGGCAGUAAAUGUAAAUUAUAAGUAAACAUAUUACAAUUAUGAUUACAACAAGCACUAAAUAGUGAUGUAGUUUGUUUAUAACCAUUUAUAAGGAACACUAAAGUAAAUGCAUUGUGUUCAUAACUAAUCAUUUGGAAUACAUGGGGAAAUUCAUGGUACACAUGGAAAAUGCAAACAUGUUCAGAACCAGUAACUAUGGACAUUUAAAGGAAAUGUAGUAUGUUCUUCAUACACUAGGUAAUACAGUGUAUUCAUAACUAUUCAUUGGGAAAAAAUGAAAGAAAUGCAUUGUGUUUGUAACCAGUAAUUUAGAAUAAUGAUACAGAGGAAAGUGUUAUUAAAUCUUAUUAAUCGAUUUUUUUCUUCAACAUUUUGAUUUAAAAAAGUGAACAAUGUAUCAACAAGAUUUUUACUAGAAUAAUUCCGUUAUUUUUUUGAUAGACCAAAAUAUUUGCCUUAACCAUUGAAAUUUCUUGUUGUAUAAUACUAACAUAGUAUUUUAAUCAGUAGGGUGUCAUGGAAUUAAUAUUUUGUUGUAAAUCAAUAUAGUAUUCAAAGAGGAUUUAGACAUUUUUUUCUCAUGAACAUUGACUUAUAUUUAUUUAGGGUUUAAGAAGUACAUUGUACAAAUGGAGGAUUCAAACAUUUAGUUCAAUCAACAUUUGCUGUAGUUCCUACUCAUGGAGGGUUCAACUUAGCGUUUUUGUUACACAUUUUCUAAUUAAGUCAUUUGUUUUUUCAGUGCUGCAGUAAGCUCUUCAUAAUUUACAUGUAUUUAUAUUCUCAAUUUAACCUUCAUUGUUAUUUAUUAGUGUAUGUUAAUUUGCUCAUUGAUUGCUCAAUCAUUAGAUUACUUCAAUUGUUUUCAAUGCUAAAUGUAUAUAAAGUAUAUAUCAUGUGAUAAUUUAACAUUAUUAUAGAAAUAAAUGUGCAAUAAAGUAAUAAAUAACAAAUCUGAAA